UGAUGAUGAUGAUGAUGAGAGUGCGUGCACAGUAAUGACGACACGGGGGCCGUACAGUGACACGAGUAGGGGGAAGGUAGCAGGAGCAUCGCGUGCCUCGCCCGUCCCGUGCUCAUAGCCUUCUGUUGUUCAGGAGGUUCGCGCGCGCCGCCCGCCGCCGCCGCGCCAGCCCGUGCAUGCCCAAGUGGCUGUCGGACGCUGUGCUGGAAGCUGCGCGGGAGACGCUGCGGACGGCGGGCACCGCGAGCCUGGUGUGGGCUGGGCAGACCGCGCAGGUGUGCCCCGACUGCACCUGCUCUCCCAGCCUGGCGUGCCCUGCAGUGCCCGCCCUGCACGCUCGGGGGCGCGGCCUGCCCGAGCUGUCCGGAGGUCAGCUGCCCGAAGGCGGCGCCCGACCUCAGCAGGUGGUGGAUCGUCGCGGUGGUGGUCGCGGGCCUCUUCGGGCUGGCGACGGGCUGCUGCGCUGGGGCCUUGUUCGGCUCGGGGCUUCGCCGGGCGGUGCAUGGCCGAUUCGAAGCCGAUCGCCCCAGGUCGCUUGAUUCUGGUGUGGUACGGGGGCGGGGAGGCGCACUGGCACGAGCGCCUCCUGCUCUGCAAGGUGCGGGGGACGACGUGGGUCAUCGUCACUCGUGAUGGCGAUGUCUAUCCAGAGGACAUCCGGGCCCUCGGAGGCAAGCCGUGCCUGCAAGGGUCCGUUCCGCCGGCGAUCCCGGCCAACGCUCUGCUGCACAGGUUCCCGCCGCUCGGCCAGCUGCACACGGCGGCGGAGUGGUGACGGAUCUUCGACGACCGGAUCGCGACCGCCCAGAUGGAGAGGGCUGGGUAUGAGGGUCGGAGUUGCGGGGGGGGUCGGGCCGUCAAAAGGUAGGUUUCGGCUGCGGGGGCCCUCGGGCGCGUCGUCGGCACGAUGCCGAACGAUCGGGCGCUCAUUGUUAGCUGUUUUGCCUCCGGGCACGUUUCAGUCGCGAUGGCGCACCGCGGAGUUGAGUGCGCCCGCCUCGUGCAAAGCCGAUAUCUAUAAAAUCUACAUCUCCAUGUAUACGUAUAGGAGUGCAUCCCAUUCUCCAUCGCCCCCCUCAUGUAAUUCCCUCUCUCCUUCUCGC